AUGAAAUCCCCUACUCACGGCAUUUCAAUAAACAUCUACGGCCGCGGCGAUGCCAAACUUGGCGAUGGACCCUCUCACAUGGGAAUCGCCUUCUACAAACAUGGCUCCUCAACCUGCGAAAUGCACCAUAUACGCAACCCUAUAGAGGAAGUCUUCGUCUACGAUCCACGGCCACAGCCACUCGAAGACCCGGUUCUGAAAGGUCGUUGCGAGCUUGGUUCUCUCUCCUCUGAACAGAGCGUACAAGCUGCUAGCCUACUCUCUGCCUUUGGGAAUGAUGAAUCUAACAUCCCCGAGUUCGGGCAUGCUGGUGUUGUUUCCUCCGGAGAAGGGUCAUUCUGGAAGAAUAUGAUUAACAGAAGUUCGGAGGAAAUGAAGAAUGAGUGUCUUCGGGCGGGGAAGACAUGGAUAGAUGGUCCGGAGUCAACGUAUGAAGAGGAACCUGAUGCAAAGUUUGUGGAUAAAGAACAGGGUACAGUGAAGCCGGUUGGGAAGUUGGCUCAGAAUGAUGUCUUCCGGGCGCGAAUGCAGUCGCUUCUGGGCUCUAAGGGGAGUGGAGGGAGUGAUAUUGAUGAAACGCCUGUAGAACGGCCGUUUUAUGUGUCGAGUCCUUUCUUUAGUAAGAUGGCCGAGAGAAGUGAUUGA